AUGGCUGCCAAGCUAAUAGCAGAGCUUUCAGCGAUAGUCAACAGCAAAACGUUAGCCUCGUCAAAGACCAUCAUUGCGAUUGCUGGUGCUGGACUAUCUGCUGCAUCCGGCAUACCAACAUUCGGUGCGGGCGGAAUGUGGCGCAAGCAUGACGCCUUGAUGCUCGCCACCCCCGCAGCGUUUCGUAGAAGUCCAUCAAGAGUAUGGCAGUUUUAUCACUACCGGCGUGAAAGAGCGCUCACAGCACAACCCAACGAUGCCCACAUCGCCCCUGCCAAAUUCUCUCUCCCUGAGUACAGAGAGCAGAUUGCGCCAGGUUCAACCUUUACCCUCAUCACGCAGAACGUCGACGGGCUUAGCAGGCGAGCUCUGUAUCAUGUCCGCACUACUACCAGCCUCGAAAGCACUGAACAUUCAUCGACGACGAUCGAGAUGCAUGGUCGCUUAUUCGACGUCGUUUGCACUGCGUAUAAGUGUGGUUACCGAGUGGUUUGGUUUGGCGAGAUCCCUCACCACAUCGAGGAUAUCUUUGCGCUGGUUAAGAGAGCCGACUUAGCCCUCGUCAUUGGGACAUCUUCUACCGUUAAUCCCGCUGCCAAGUUAGCGAGCAAAAUGAAGGGACGGGGAGGCAAAGUUGCUGUGUUCAAUGCGGAUCGAAGUAAUGAAGAUGAAGAAGCAGACUUCCUCUUUCUUGGCCCCUGCGAAACGAUGUUACCAGACGCACUUGGAUUCGAAAAAAAUAGCUGA